ACGCAGCCAUGGUCCUAAUGUUCAGUUCCGACCUAACCGUCGUUACAACUAGACGUGUUAAAACAAGUUCGGAUCUGAUAUUUUUUGGAACUUUUACUUCGGUACCUUAGUAGAAAGAGCUAUUUGAGAAAGCUGCAAGCCAAGUAAAAUAUAGUGAAGAAGAAGUCUUAACUGUUUCAUCGUAUAACAAAGAGGAAGAUGAAUCGUCAUCCAAAUGCCGAUUUCAAAAAUCAAUGUCGUAAUGAUCCGCAGGUUGAAUUAGAAAGUCAAUUUGUUUUGCGUUUACCACCGGAACCUGCUAGAGUACUCAAGGAUACAUUGAGUAAUGGCCUUCCUUUAAAAGAUAGAUUAAAUAUUAAGUUAGAAAAUGAUAUGCGUUAUGGUGAGGUUAGAUUCGAUCACUGGUUACUCCAUGCCAAGGUAGUGGAUAUACCAACAAUAGUGGAGUCCUUGAAAACCAUCGAUAACAAAAGCUUUUAUAAGACUGCAGAUAUAUGUCAGAUGCUUAUAUGUAAAGAAGAAGAAGAUCAUACUGCAACAGAUGAAGAAUCACCUGUUAAACAAAAGAAGAAAGACCCUAACAAAGUUGAUAAAAAGUUCCUCUGGCCUCAUGGUAUAACACCAUGCACAAAAAAUGUAAGACGAAGGAGAUUUAGAAAAACUUUGAAGAAGAAAUAUGUGGAAGCACCAGAGAUCGAGAAGGAAGUUAAGCGUUUAUUGCGAGUGGACAAUGAAGCAGUUAAUGUUAAGUGGGAAGUGAUAUGCGAGGAUGAGGACCAGACAAAACCAAGCAAAGUAUCAUCAUCUGGUACAGUUAAAACUAAGCGGGAUAGCAUCAAUGGAAAUACAUCUCAAAGUCUAGACGUCGCUGAACAUGACAUAUUUGGCGAGCCUGUGAGCGACAGUGAAGAUGAUGAUGAAGAGGCGAACCUCAAUGUGAUGGAAAUAGAUGAAAAUAGCCGUCUUUCGGUGGAUAGCCGAGUUUCAGACUCAAAUUCUAUGCAGGUGCCAUAUUCUGAAAGAUCAAACAAUAACGCGACGACAAGCAACGGAUUGGUGACUGAAUUUAGUAAAGAGAUGUUCCAAAAUGAUAACAAUGGCGAUGCGGAGGCCGAGAAACAACAGGAAGAGGCCACCCCGGCGAAAGUGCCGAAAUUGGAACAAUUUCAUUCGGAGUAUAUUAUUCCUGAUAGUUAUACCGAAUCACCGCCGGUGUCCGUGUCUAAAGAUUCCCUCAUUCAAACACGUCUCGCCACUCUUCAUGCAGAACUGGCGGAGCUACGACAGAGAAGACAGCAACAGGAGAUUGAGAUAGCUAAUAUAGAGAACAUUAAAUUGAGGCAGAGAUUCCAAGAAAUUUUAGACAAUUUGUUGACCCAAGAGAUGCAGAAAGUACAAGAGAUACAUGAUCUAGAAUUGGAAUAGAAGAUAUACAGAAUACCAGAGUAUAAUAUAAAGAAAUUAAAUAAUAUACAUAUAUUUCAUAUAUUAAAAAAAUAUGUUGUUUUGUUACUAUUUUGUAUAAAUUAAAACGGAUAAUUACAUAUAAUAUUUUUUAAUAAAAUAGCUUUCACUGCAUAGAAUGUAAAAAAAUUAUAU